CUUGUUGUUUUUCUUAAGUUUUUUACACCUGGGGUACGAGUCUUGCAAAGACUUGUUGUCUCUCUCUACACCACUUCUUUCUUCCCCGUAAAAGCUUUCAUCCGACACAGUCCUUAACCGAAAAGCUGUAGAUCAUUACUUUAAACCUCGUACAUCAUCAGAUUUCAUUCAAACCGAGCGUUCUAUGUGGGUUUUAUUGUGUAUCAAUUAGGGUUUUUGAAUGAUGGAUCCCAAUUUCGAUGCAAACCCUAGUUAUUUAGCUGAUCCAGUAGAAGAAGAUCAGUAUACGCUGUUGAAAUACGUGAGCGAGAUCCUUAUGGAAGAGAGUAACGGUGAUUACAAACAGUCUAUGUUCUACGAUUCAUUAGCUUUACGCAAAACAGAGGAAAUGUUGCAGCAAGUGAUUACAGAUUCUCAAAAUCAAUCCUUUAGCUCUGAUUCGAUCAUUACCACUAAUUCCAGCAGCUGUCCUGUGGGGGAUGCAAGUGGAAGCAUAGUUGAAUCGGCUGAUCUCCGGAUUAGUCCAGCUGUGGUUAAGAGUAUGUUUAGUGAUGCAGAUUCUGCUUUACAGUUUAAGAAAGGUGUUGAAGAAGCUAGUAAGUUCCUUCCCAAUAGUGACCAAUGGCUUAUCAAACCCGAAAGGUUUGAUUUGGGUUUGGAUCCGUUGAGAGUUAAGAGGAAUCAUGAAAGGGAAGUUAUUGAUUUUGAGGAAGUUAGGAAUAGUAAGCAGUUUGCAACUAAUGUUGAAGAUGGGAAGAUCACAGAGCUGUUUGAUAAAGUUUUGCUUCUUGACAGUGAAUGCGAUCCACCAACUUUGUUAGACAGCAAGAUUCAAGAGAUUAGGAGUAGUAACAAACAAGGAGUGAAGGGGAAGAAGGAGAAGAAGAAGAAGAAGAAGAGUCAGGUGGUUGAUUUCAGAACACUUCUCACACUAUGUGCACAAGCCAUUUCCACAGGGGAUAAAACCACGGCACUUGAUUUGUUGAUGCAGAUAAGACAACAGUCUUCACCUAUUGGUGACGCGGGACAAAGACUUGCUCAUUGUUUCGCUAACGCGCUUGAGGCUCGUUUACAAGGAAGCACUGGUUCUAUGAUCCAGAAUUAUUACAAUGCUAUCACCACUUCCUCGUUGAAAGAAACCGCUACGGAUACACUUAAAGCGUACAGAGUGUAUCUCUCUUCGUCUCCGUUUGUUACCUUAAUGUAUUUCUUCUCCUUCAGGAUGAUAUUAGAUGCGUCGAUAGAUGCUAACGUUCUUCAUAUAGUUGAUUUUGGGAUUCUCUACGGGUUUCAAUGGCCGAUGUUUAUUCAAUACAUAUCAGGAAGAAAAGAUGCACCGAAGAAACUGAGGAUUACUGGUAUCGAGCUACCUCAGCGUGGUUUUCGUCCGGCGGAACGUAUAGAGGAAACGGGAAGGAGAUUGGCUGAGUAUUGUAAACGGUUCAACGUACCGUUUGAGUACAAAGCUAUUGCGUCUCAACACUGGGAAAAGAUCAGGAUACAAGAUCUUGAUAUACGACCAAACGAAGUCUUGGCGGUUACUGCUGGACUAAGGCUCAAGAACCUUCAAGACGAAACAGGAAGUGAAGAGAAUUGUCCUAGAGACGCUGUUUUGAAGCUGAUAAGGAACAUGAACCCGAACGUUUUCAUCCACUCGAUCGUCAACGGUUCGUUCAACGCGCCGUUCUUCAUCUCACGGUUCAAAGAAGCGGUUUACCAUUACUCUGCUCUCUUCGACAUGUUUGAUUCGACGCUUCCUAGGGAUAACGAAGAGAGGAUUAGGUUUGAGAGGGAGUUUUAUGGGAGAGAGGCUAUGAAUGUUAUAGCAUGCGAAGAAGCUGAUAGGGUAGAGAGGCCGGAGACUUAUAGACAGUGGCAAGUGAGAAUGGUUAGAGCAGGGUUUAGGCAGAAACAAGUGAAACCUGAGCUGGUUGAGAAGUUUAGGGAAAAGCUGAAGAAAUGGGGUUACCAUAAAGACUUUGUGGUUGAUGAAAAUAGUAAAUGGUUGUUACAAGGCUGGAAAGGUCGAACUCUUUAUGCUUCUUCUUGUUGGGUUCCUUUGUAAAAAUGAUUAUAGUCUUCUCUUUUUUGUUUGUUACAAAAAUCAUGUAAUUUUAGGAAUAUGUCUGAUAUGUUUGUUAGCACAUAAAAAUUCUUCAAUUGGCCCAAAGGUAUAUGCAGUUUUGGUAACUUAAUUUCUUAACUUUUGUCAUAUAUUUAAUAUCGAAUACGUUGGGUAUGACUCAAAAUAUGAGGCGACGACCCUCUCCAUU